AUGAAAGAGUUGCAAUGCAUUCCAGACGUCGCCGGAUUGAGUUAUGCAGAACUGUGUAUCCACCCAGACUUGAACCUUCCUGAAGGGUUCAAAAUCCCGAUGUUUGAUACCUUCGGAGGAGUGGGAAACCCCAUGGCGCAUUUGAGAGCGUACUGCGACCAACUCGUGGGAGUUGGCAAAGAUGAAGCUUUACUGAUGAGGUUGUUCAGUCGGAGUCUGUGCGGUGAGGCCCUAGAAUGGUUUACGUCACACGAAACUCGACAAUGGCCCAGUUGGAGCGCACUAGCUAAAGAUUUCAUUGAUAGAUUUGCGUACAACGUCGAGAUAGUCCCUGAUCGGUACUCUUUAGAGAAAAUGAAGCAGAAAUCGACGGAGAGCUAUCGGGAAUUUGCCUACAGAUGGAGAAAAGAGGCAGCGAGGGUGAGGCCUCCGAUGACAGAAAAGGAGAUUGUGGAAGAGUUCGUACGGGUGCAGGAGCCCGAAUAUUACGACAAAAUCAUUCUGUUGAUCGGAGCCAAAUUCGCCGAGAUAGUCAAAGUGGGUGAGACUAUCGAAGAUGGCCUGAAGUCGGGGAAGAUAGCCCGAGUGUCCGCAUCGCCUGGAUCUUCCGUACUGAUGAGGAAGAAGAGAGAGGAGGUCGCCGCUAUUUCAUACGGGGGGAGAAAAGUCCCCAGAAACUCAUCGCGUCCUCAAGAUCGCUCCAAGCCUCCACCAAAGUCUCACCAAGCCUAUCGUCCACAAUCGAAUUAUUCCGUCGAGCUAUCGAGCACCUUCCCCCACAUAUCAAGUCCAAGCUCCAGCAUAUCAAAGCCCCCUCCCAAAUUACAAAGCUCCAGUGCCAAAUUACCAGACAAAUCCUACCCUAGAACCCAAGCUCCUCGCCCAAAUGCUCGCAAUUAUCAACAAGUUCCUCCCCCUCAACAGAGCGGGUAUGAUCCUUCUCGUCCCAGGUUUGAGAAGAAGCCCUCCAGAAACUUUACCGCGUUGGCUGAAAGCAGGACCAAGAUGUUCGAAAGAUUAUCCGCGGCCAGAUACAUCCACCCUAUGGGGCCCAAGCCCGUGGAUGUCAACUCCAGAUUCUACAAACCGAAGCAGAGAUGUGCUUAUCAUUCCAACAGUGUUGGACAUGACACUGAAGACUGUAUAGAUCUUAAGCACAAGAUCCAGGAUUUGAUCGACCAAGAAGUGGUCUCCCUCCAGCCUGCGGCGCCGAACGUCAAUACAAAUCCGCUGCCGAAUCAUGGGGGUGGAAACAUCAACAUGAUAGAAACAGACGAAGAUGGGUGUGAAACCAAGAGGAUUACUCCUGUUGCUCAGGAAGACUUGGAAAAGGCUGUCGCUUCUUUGAGCGUAAGGGAAAAAGGAGAGUUCGUUAUUCUGACACCUGCGAAGGCUGUUGCCUUGGUGCCCUCGAAGACUCUCGCCAAACCCAAGUUUGUCAUAGAAACGACCGUGGCCCAAGACAUGACUAGAUCUGGCAGAUGCUACACUCCUGAUGAGCUUGAUCUUGGAGGACAAAAGAAAGAUCAUGCCAAGAGACCAAUAAGUGAAGAAGAGGCCGAGGAGUUCUGGAGGAGAAUGCAGCCUAAAGAUUACUCCAUUGUCAAGCACUUGGAGAAGACUCCAGCCCAGAUUUCUGUGUGGUCCCUACUGAUGAGCUCCUGGUCCCACAGACAGGCUUUGAUGAAAGCCCUGGAUGACACGUACGUGCCCUCAGGUACAAGCAGCGACAACGUAGCUGCCAUGAUUCACCAAGUCAUUCGGGGACACCGCAUCAGCUUCUGCGAUGAUGAAUUGCCGGCCGAAGGGAGAUCCCAUAACAAAGCUCUACACGUCACUGUGAUAUGCCGCGGAAAGGUCGUCAAUCGUAUUUUGGUAGAUGAUGGAUCUGGUUUGAACAUAUGCCCCUUGUCAACAUUGAAGCAGCUGAGGUUUGACCUCGGAAAAAUUGGAGCAAAACCAGGUUAA